AUGGACAGGGCCCAGCGGCAACGGGCCAUGGCCCUCCUCCCGAUCUGCCUCGCCCUCGCCUUCUCUCUCACCGCUGUGGGCAGCAGCCACUGGUGUGAGGGGACCCGGAGGGUGGCAAAGCCCCUGUGCCAGGACCACCCAGGAGAACUGCACUGCCUUCUCUUUAUCAGGAACAGCAGCAGCAGAAAGAGGGACAACCGGAGCCAGGCUGUCCAGUACAUUUGGGAGACGGGGGAUGACAAGUUCAUCCAGCGCAGGUUUCACGUGGGGCUCUGGCAGUCCUGUGAGGAGAGCCUCAGCAGCACAGGUGAAAAGUGUAGAAGUUUCCAGAGUGUAAUACCAGCUGAAGAACAAGGUGUGUUGUGGCUGUCUAUCACGGCUGAGGUCCUGAAUAUCCUUCUGAUUUUGACAAGUACCAUCCUCCUGGGCUCCAGAAUGAGUUAUCACAGCUCUGGGUUCCACUGGCUCAAGGUGGAUGCUUCUGUAGCCAUCCUCAUGGUGCUUGCAGGGCUUCUAGGCAUGGUGGCCCACAUGAUGUACGCAACCAUUUUUCAGAUCAGCGUGAGCCUUGGGCCGGAAGACUGGAGGCCUCAGACGUGGGACUAUGGCUGGUCAUACUGCCUCGCCUGGAGUUCCUUCGCUCUCUGCAUGGCUGUGUCAGUCAUGGCCAUGAGCAGAUACACGGCAGCCCGUCUGGAAUUCACCGAGAAGCAAAGGCUACAGAGGGGAAGUCAGCAUUCUCAGCACAACCUCCCAGAAACCGAGGCUUCAGAAAGGGUUUGA